CCACCUUUUCCCUUAAUUUGAAUGUAAACUGAAUUGCUUUUGUACAUGCUAACUUUCAGAUCAUGGAAGAUGAGAACAAAUUUCACAAUAACGAAAGUUCAGCAACAAUUGAAAAUAAUGAUGAUGAAACAGCUGAUGAUGUGAAGAGCAAGUGUUGGAGCCAAAGAGAAGCUCUGCCAGGAGAGCCUCACUGUGUUAUUUGUGGUCGUUAUGGAGAAUAUAUUUGCGAUGAAACUAACGACGACAUAUGCAGCCUAGAAUGCAAGCAGACUUUAUUAACUCGACUCGCCAAGUCACAGGCAGCGGUUUGUCGCCCGCCUCCUAAGCGGUUAUCCACAACCGACGAGUGCUUUUACGUAAGAGACUCCCAUGCUCAAACCCUACCACCAAAUGACCAAAUCGAAUCCCUAAGAAAGAAACUCGGAAUUUGCGUGAGAGGUUAUAAUAGUAAUAUGAUUGGUAUCCCACCCCCCAUCUUAUCCUUUUCCGAUUGUAAUAAUCUUCCUGAAAAGCUCCUUCACAACAUAGAAGUUUCGGGAUAUGAAUUGCCAACGCCAGUUCAAAUGCAAGCCAUCCCAGCUGCAUUAAACGGAAAAAGUCUUCUUGUUUCUGCAGAAACCGGUUCGGGUAAAACCGCCUCCUUCUUAAUACCAAUCAUCUCAAACUGUGCAAAUGCCCAAACAAAACUGUGUACGUUAAUUCUCGCGCCAACGAGAGAACUCGCGAUUCAGAUUGAGGAACAAGCCAAGGCACUUGGGAAAGGUUUGCCAUUUAAAACCGCAUUAGUUGUUGGUGGCGAUCCAAUGGCUGGACAACUCCACCGGAUUCGACAAGGCGUGGAAGCGAUUAUAGCCACUCCGGGAAGACUGAUCGAUCUUUUGACAAAACACGAUAUGGAACUUAACGAAAUUUCAACGCUCGUUUUGGACGAAGUGGACUGCAUGCUCGAGCGUGGCUUCCGCGAACAGGUAAUGCAGAUCUUCAAUGCUUUGUCGCAGCCGCAAGUACUUAUGUACUCUGCCACGAUAACAAAAGAAGUGGAGAAGAUGACUGGUUUAAUGGUUAAAGAUAUGGUAACAAUCACGAUUGGGAUUCCGAACAAACCGAAUGGAUCUGUGAAGCAAAUUCCGAUUUGGGUAGAAACGAAACAGAAGAAGAAAAAGAUAUUCGAUAUAUUGUUAAGCAAGCAGCAUUUCAAGCCGCCAGUUCUGGUCUUUGUGGGAUCGAGAAUGGGAGCGGAUCUACUAGCUGAAGCGAUAACUGUCAGUACAGGUGUGAAAGCAUUGUCGAUUCAUGGUGAGAAGUCGAUGAAGGAUAGGAGAGAAGUUAUAAGGUGUUUUAUGACGGGUGAAGUUUCUGUUCUUGUGGCUACUGGCGUUUUAGGGAGGGGGGUGGAAAUGUUGAAUGUGAGACAGGUUAUUGUUUUCGAUAUGCCGAAUUCGAUUAAGGAAUAUGUUCAUCAGAUUGGAAGGGCUUCUAGGGUUGGUGGGGAGGAGGGUGUAGCUAUGGUGUUUAUGAAUGAGCAGGAUAACAAGUUAUUUGGUGAAUUGGUUAAUGUGUUGAAAUCAUCUGGUGCUCCUAUACCUAAGGAAAUCACUAAUUCUCAGUUGGUCUCUUCCUCUUCAAGUAGUAGGCACAGGAAAAGGAAGCAUCAUGGUUACUGAAUUCACAAGAAAGCAGCAGGUGAAAUAAGAUUCUAAGUUUUGAUGGAUCUUAAGCAAAAACACAUGCUCCAAUUCCUCGCAGAGGCACAAAGGAUCCUCGACAUUCGAAAGGGGGUGAGAUCGCUGCAUAAAGAUGAGACAUUCGAAAAAGGGUGUCAAAUCUUUGAGGGUUUGAAAUUAGAAUGCAGAUGAAAGGAGGGGGGAGCUAAUCCAAGAUACUAUUCCCACCAUGAGGAACCCCACUCCAAGAAUGAUAAAGGAAAUACCUGGAGUAGACUUAAAUAAAUAUACUUAGAAUUGAGAUAAAUCCUCGUCACAAUGCUAGGUAUAUUUAUUUAGAUUGACAAGCCAUUUUGUUCAAUUU